AUGAAAGAAAACCAAGCCAACUUCAGCAACAAGUGGAAUUCUAGUCUUCAUUUUGCUGGUGCUGAUGAGAUGCACCCUGUGCCUCCAACAUUUGACUGCCAUGAGAAGAUCAUGCUGGGGAAGAUAGAUAGCACAGUCUCGUAUCAUCUGGACGUCACCACCACCAAGAUUGCGAAGGGUACGAGCAGCUUCUGGUUACCACAAUUGUCAUCUACGUUUAGAUUGAUGCCGAUACGAGCCGAACAGAACCCUGAUCCGCGAUGGAGCCAUUCGACAUCUUCCCACACAGUCCAAGGAUCUGGCAUGCAAUUGAAGGCUAAUUUUUCUGUCCCAACUGUCUGCUUUGCCGGAGGGCCAUUUCCACUCUCUGUAGGAUGCGAGUAUCGGGGUUCACCCGCAGGCGCUCCGCAAUUAGCGAGUCUGGUCAUUCAGCUCAAAGGUGCGGCAACUACGAGAGCAAGACCUUUUUUGACGGGCGAGAAGGAUGUAAAAAUUGAGAACGAGGGACUCAUUGCGAAUUACCCCAACCUGGCUAUCACCCUAGCGCCAGAACCAGCGAGUCUGUUGAGACUCAAUGGACAUCUUCCAGCCGAUGCACUACCGUCUUUCAAGUCCUUUACCGUCUGCCAGAGCUAUGUAGUGAGCGUCAAGUACGGCUUGCGCAUUGGAUCAGAGGUUAUCCAAGGGCAGCUACCUAAUAAUCCGCUCGAAGUAUUGUCUGGAAUUUUCCGAUUGAACGCUUAG